UAGCUACAACUGUUUAUUUAUAAUAAAUAUUUGAAAUGUAUCAACGCUGGAAAAAUGCCCAGAAUGCAACUGAUCCAUUGGAUCCAAGCAAUAUUAUACUUUCAACUGAUUCUUACAAGGUUACACAUCACUUUCAGUAUCCACCAAAUACAACUAAAGUCUAUUCAUAUUUUGAAAGUAGAGGUGGUAAAUUCCCUAAAGUCUGUUUCUUUGGUCUUCAAUAUAUUUUAAAAAGAUGGUUGGAUGGUCCAGUUGUAACAAAAGAGAAGAUUCAAGAAGCGAAAGAAUUGUAUAAACUUCAUUUUGGUAAUGAUUAUUUUAACGAAAAAGGAUGGACAUACAUUGCCGAGCAUCACAAAGGCUAUUUACCUAUAAGAAUAAAUGCUGUACCUGAAGGUAGUGUUGUUCCAUUUAAAAAUGUCCUAUUUACAGUAGAAAAUACCGACCCAGAAUGUUACUGGUUGACAAAUUAUUUAGAGACGCUGUUAGUACAGGCAUGGUAUCCGAUGACGGUUGCUACCAAUUCUCGGUAUCAGAAAGAAAUUAUAGCUAAAUAUUUAGAUGAAACAGCAGAUAAUCUGGAUGGACUGCCAUUUAAAUUACAUGAUUUUGGUUUUAGAGGAACAUCGUCAAUGGAAUCUGCAGGUAUUGGUGGUAUGUCUCAUCUGGUGAAUUUUAUGGGUACAGAUACAAUAGCUGGUAUAUUAACAGCUAAACAUUAUUAUGGCUGCCCUAUUGCUGGAUUUUCUAUUCCUGCUGCUGAACAUAGUACCAUAACGACAUGGGGUAAAGAUGGGGAAUUAGAAGCAUUCCGUAAUAUGUUAACCCAGUUUCCUACAGGACUUGUAGCUGUUGUUAGUGAUAGUUAUGAUAUAUGGAACGCCUGUGAUAAAGUCUGGGGCGAACAGUUAAAAGAUUUAGUUGUUAGUCGUGGAGUUAAUGGCACACUUGUUAUAAGACCAGAUUCUGGUGACCCUCCAGAAGUGGUCGUCAAGACGUUAGAUAUACUAGGCAGUAAAUUUGGUACAACCACUAAUACUAAAGGUUAUAAAGUGUUACCACCAUAUGUUAGAAUAAUACAGGGGGAUGGUAUUAGCUAUGAAACAUUAUCUACUAUAUUAGAUAAUAUGAAACGACAUAAAUGGAGUGCUGAUAAUGUAGCUUUUGGAAGUGGUGGUGCUUUAUUACAGAGAUUAGACAGAGAUACACAAAAAUGUGCCUAUAAGUGUAGUUUUGCUGAAGUUAAUGGCAGAGAGGUAAAUGUUUUUAAACAACCAAUCACAGAUUUAGGUAAAAAAAGUAAAAAAGGACGAUUAACUUUAGAAUUACGUGGUAAUGAUUAUGUUACAGUUGUAGAAGGCAAAGGAGAUCCAAGCAAGGAUCAGCUUUGCACUGUGUUUGAAAAUGGAAGGCUUGUCAAAGAGUUUACAUUCGAUGAAGUUAGGAAAAAUGCAGAAAUUGAUUUAUUGAAAAAUAAAAAAUAGGCAGCUAUUUGAAAACUCCUGACCUCAACUGUAAGGAUUGGUCAUGGUUGUGUGGAACAAGAAUGAUACAUCUUUCGGUGUCAUAGUUUUUUUUUUUCUUUUUUUUUUUAACACAUUCAAGGUUUAGCUUAGACAGACUGGAUUAUGUCCCCCGUUAGUUAGGCAAAAUACUUAAGAAUUGAUAAUGUUGUUUAUUUUGUAUUUCUUUUUAUCAUUUCCUGUUUUGAAUCCACUAAACCACUACUAUAUUUUUAUACGCCCACAUUUUCAUGUGGACGUAUUAUGCCAUUGAACCUGUCCGUCCGUCCGUCCAUCCACAAUUGUUUGUGGACUCUCUACAGGUCACAAUUCUUAUCCGAUUUUGACGAAACUUGAAAUAUAGGUUUAUCCCCAAAAGAUCUCGGCUGCUUUCGAUAUUGGCAUGUAUCGGAUCGAAACUUCAUGGAUUAUGGCCCCUGAUUGUACAAAAAUCAUGUUUUUAGCUUGUGGACCCUAUAGAGGUCACAAUUUUUAGCCGAUUUUGUUGAAACUUGAAAUGUAAGUUUAUAACCCAAAGAUCUCGGUUCCUUUCAAUAUUUGCGCAUAUCGGACCGUAACUUCCUGAAUUAUGGCCCCUGAUUGUACGAAAAAUCGCGUUUUUAGCUUGUGGACCCUAUAGAGGUCAUAAUUUUUAUCCGAUUUAAAAAAACGUAUUAUUAUAUCUCUGUUACACCCUAAGGACGGCUGAGUUCGAAUUUCGUGAAAAUUGGCCCAAAACUGACAGACAAAAUGGCCGCCCUUCGUUCCCAAAUAGCGUAAAAAUAUGGUAUAUCAAGGCUGUGGACCCUAUAGAGGUCACAAUUUUAAUCCGAUUUUGUUGAAACUUGAAGUGUAAGUUUAUAACACAAAGAUCUUGGUUCCUUUCGAUAUUUGUGCAUAUCGAAUUGUAAUUUCCUGAAUUAUGGCCCUUGAUUGUAGAAAAAAUCACUUUCUUUUUAUCUUGUUCUCUAUCCAUCUCUCGAAAAUGUGGGCGUAUCCUGCCUGGCAGCCGCUGGUCUUUGUUUCCUAAUCAGUAUCAGCGAAUAUAUUUCUCUUCACUGGGGCUGCCAUUUUUGAUAAAAAUGUGAAUUCUGAGUUUAUGCUAUUAAUAAAUUGUCAUUGGCCGCGAGUAUGACACCAAUACAAGGUGAUGCAGGAACGAUGGAUGGAUCUGUAAACUACUGUAUUAUCCAUGUAACUCCACACCUAACAUGAAAUUAUAUUUACAAUAAUUAUACAAAUUUAUACAUUUAUUAACUCUUUUAAGGACAUGAGAAAUUGUUUUAGAAUGAUAUAUGAAUGUUUCAAACCUGAUUUUAGCAAAGGGAAUUAGGUUGAUAAUUUUAUUCCCUCCAUUUUGAAAAUUUAUUCUUGCUCUGAUCGUGUAAAAAAAAAUAUUGAGUAUUUUUUUUUUUUUUGUACAUGAUAUUAUUAUAUUAUAUAUUUUACUCUAUCCCAAUAACUUGUACUGGGCACAUAGUAUUAGGGUUGGUUUUUUUUAUUAAAAACUUGGUGUAUUUAAUAGAAUCAUUCCUAAAUUGUUCUAUAUUUUCAAACACUUCUAUUGUUUUUACCCUAUGAAUUACUUCUCCUUGGCUUUAGAAUAAUGUAAUCUUUGAGUGGCAUUUAGCGAUUUGGAAACACAUAAAGAAAACACAGUUUCUAUGGGAUACAAUCACUAGUUUUAUUCUAAAAGCACAAAGUUUCGACAAGUAUCCUCUUAUCAUUAUCAAGCUCAUUGGAUUGCCUCUUUUCAACAAAUUGAAUAGAUAUAAAUCUUUUUCUAUUAACAUUGCGAUUUCUUGUUACAGCUAAUCUUUACAUACACCAGAAUAAUACAAUGUUUUGGAAUUGCCCCGUUUUAAACCAGAAAUUCGUUGCCGCCCUUUGUUUGUUUUCCUGAAUAAGUGACGCGCAUAUUAUGGUAGUCCUCUGAGCCAGGACUGUACAGAGAAGCGACCGGUUACUGACAGCACCAGGGUCAAUUCACUUGAUUAUAUAGUACUUUAUUCCUUCCUUGUAUUAUGUGUGUGAUGUGUUUUGUCCACACAAUUGUCAUCUGUGUUUCUGCACUUAAUGUUAUAAUCAAUGUGUUUAUUUUGAAAAGUCAGAUUUGUCUUUUAAAUUUUAGAUAAAAUGCUCAAAACCUCAUUAGUCUAGAAACCGUAAUUGCAUUUACUGUAGAGUAUUGAUCGUUGCACAACAUUUAUGGGAAUUAACAUUGGUUAAACAUUCAAAUUGAACUACCAGUAUUAUAGACUACAAGAGCGUACUGCAUGGAAAUGUGUCAAUAUUGUCAUGAAACUAAAAUUAAUUUUCUAUACAGUAAUUUGAUUAUUAAAUUUCUUUCUUAUUGAUGACAAUUUUCAUUUCUUGAUUUGUAAUUGUAAAUAUUUUUUUGUAUAUCUUUUUUGAAACGACAAGCUAGUUAGAGUUUAUGUGCUCAAGAUUCUUUAAUAAGUAUUUAUAUUGAGUAAUCAAAUGAACUGAAUCUUUUUAUUUGUAUUAGUGUAUAGUUUAUAGACGUAUAUGUCAGUUAAUUUUAUAUAGCUAUACCUUAUAGCUUUUGUUUAUUUUAUUAUCGAAGAUGUAAAACUUAAAUAGAGAUUAUAAAUUGCAUAUGUUAAAUGAAAAGCAUACAUGAAUAAUGCUUGAAAAAUAUUAGUAAUUAGUACUACAUUUAGACAUACAUUAAGCAUGAUCUGAAUCUGCCUAUUACAGGUCUUUCUUUAGGCCUGAAAUGUUAUCUUAAUUAUUAAUUAGACAUUAAUUAACUUAUCCAGGCCAUAAUCAGCUCUCGAUGUCAUCGCUAGCCUGCAUUAUUUACUGGAUUGGAAUCUGAUCUGCUGCUCAACACUCAUUGAGCAGUAAAUCAAAAAAUGGAUAAUCGAGACUAUGUUUUUUAUCAUACCGAAUUUAGUAAUGAUGAUCGAGGCUAGGCCUAAAAUUCAAUCGCUAAAUUCUCUUUUCAGAGUGGAUGAAUUUGACUGAAAUUUUCUGCAAAUUCCCUUUACAUUAUCUAGUUUUUAAUAAUUAUAAUUAGAACUGCCAGCUCUUUAUCUAUUCUCCUAUAAUGUAUCUUUAACUAACUGUAUAUUAUGUGAUAACCAAUUGAAAAAUAAUAGAUGAAAUUAAAUUUGAUAUAAUGUAUAUUGUCUGAUAAUAAUGUGAGAUAUAAUGGAUGAAACAUAGUAUUACUAUUAUUAUUAAAUUGUGUUUUGCAUAUCUGGAAAAUGUAUUAUAAACAUGGUACUAAAUAGUAUUAAAUUUAAUUAUUAGAUCUGACAUGAAAAAGAUAAUUAAAGCGAAAAUAUUCCAGACUAAAAACCAAUAAUAUAUGAUUUUCAGUAGGCACAAUACAAAUUAGUCUUAGCAUAUUGGUCCAAACAUUAUUCAUUUGGAUCAGUCCUACUAGAAGCUAUCUGGCGCUUUAUUGCUGUCAUUUUUUUUCUCCAUCUUAGAUUAAUAGACUGCUGCAAUUUUUUUACUCUUAGAUUAAUAGAUUAAUUACUAUCCACAAACAUCGAGACCACAAUAACAUCUCACCUACGUUUUGGGUUUUGAUGGUCUAAAUUACUGUUGAAUGCCCAAUUUUAAGAUCUUAUUUUGAAAAUAUUUAAAUCAGAAAUUUUUUUUGCCUUCUAGGGCAUUGAUGUUUUAUUAAUAUGGCGGUAUAUUAGAUUCAAAUUCUAAAUUUGUUAAUGUCAUGCUAUUGUCUAAUUUCUAAACUAUUUACAAUUUUGAAUCAUAUACACGGCCAUAUGUUAAUUAUUAAAUUUUUAUUUGUAUAUUCAUUGUGAUACACAAUAUACAAAAAAUAGUAUCAAUAUUAUGGAAUUGUACAUUUUUAAUUGAUAACUAUCUAAGAAAUAAAGUAUGACA